AUGACUCAACAACCUCUCGCCCUGACGCCCGAACAAGUCAAGCGCUAUAGCCGGCACAUCAUAAUGGGAGACGUCGGCAGUGCGGGACAACGCAAAUUGAUGCAAUCGAAGGCCUUGAUAGUGGGAGCCGGUGGACUGGGUUCCCCUUCGGCUAUUUAUCUGGCACUGGCCGGAGUGGGAACGGUAGGCAUUGUGGACUUCGACGUCGUGGAAAUAUCGAAUCUGCAACGUCAGAUCCUUCACCACUCCAGCGAUAUUGGUCGGCCCAAGCUUCAGUCGGCCAUCGACAACAUCCACGCCUACAAUCCUGACGUGACUGUGGUUCCCCACGAAGUACGGCUUGAGUCCGACAACGCCAUGGAGAUCAUCAGCCAAUACGACCUGGUGAUUAAUGGCGCGGACAAUUUUGCCACCAGGUAUCUGGUUAACGAUGCCUGCUAUUUACUGAACAAGGCGUUGGUCGAUGGAAGCAUACUCAUCUUUGACGGCCAGUCUACGGUGUUCCUGCCCGGUCAGGGCUGCUACCGUUGCCUCUUCCCAUCGCCGCCCCCGCCAGGUAUGGUUCCAAACUGUGCCGAGGCCGGCGUGUUGGGCGCGCUUACCGGACUGGUGGGAAGCAUCCAGGCAACCGAGGCGCUCAAAUACUUUUUGGGCAUCGGUGAAAGCCUGUGCUCCAGGCUGCUACUGAUUGACGCAUUGAGCAUGACGUUCCGUGAGGUCAAAUUGAAGCGGAAUCCAGCGUGCCCGCUCUGCGGUGACAACCCGACUGUCACAGAAUUGAUAGAUUACGAGAUAUUCUGUGGUGUGGCUGCCCCGGAAGUGGCCGGCGUUGCCGACAACUAG